AUGGCCGACACUCAAUACCAGCGGACUCUCCACAUCGCCAAUCUGCAGGCGUGGAUGGACGAGGCGUACCUCAAGAACUGCUUUGAGGAAUUGGGUAACGAGGAACUUGUUAUGUUGCUGUUGGGCAAGUCUGAAGUUUUAUGGAUUCAGAGUGUUGAGAUUUUUGCUGUGGGAUCCAAGGGUUAUGGAUAUGGAUUCAUCGAGUUCACCUCUAUUGAGAGAGCUCGCAGUGUAUUGAAGAGAUACCGUGGGACAAAAAUGCCUAAUGCAUCCCAACACUUUGUGCUGAAUUGGAGCAAGGGCAAGCAGCCAUUGCCAACCCAAGAUGCAUCCGAAGGAGGUAUACUAGGCAAGGGGCCGUUGACAACGCAAGAUGCAUCUGAAGGAGGGAAUUACAAGCUUGUGGUUGCUGGGGCUUUUCCAAAGGACGUUACUGCUGAAGAGCUGCAGCAGCACUUUAGUAUCCAUUUCCCUUCAUUUAAGGAUGCUGGAGUUCACACUAACGAAUCCCAGGAGUUAUAUGGUGUAAUUACAUUUGCAGAUGAGCAUGAAAGGGAUCUAGCAACAAUUCUGAUGCCUGGGCAAGUUUUUAAGAGGACAGGAGACAGCAAACCACGACAUUUCUUCUAUAAAGAUACAGCUGAUGAGUACAAGAAAGCUGCCUAUCCGGAGGAUGCAGAUCCAAAUGGUUCCACAAUGUACGUUCAGAACUUAAGAAAUGGUGUAUCCGAAGGUUCCUUGCGACUUAAAUUUUCCCCCUAUGGCGAGGUUACUAAAGUCACCAUAAGGGCAAGUGCUUUGAUUCAAUUUUCUGAUAGAUCGAGUGUCAAUAAAGCAUUGCUUGACAUGAACGAUGGCCUCAUUCUUCAGAAUGCCUGUCUUCCAUUUACCGUCAGAAAAUCAAAUGGAAAAGUAAAAGAGUGGAAGCAAAAAGAGAAGGAGAAACAAGUCGUACUUGCUUUCUCAGGGCAAGCGGAUGAGGACAUACUGUUGUCUGAAUCUGUGGGCAGGUCGAGUGCUGAUAAAACAUUGCCUCACAUGAAUGAUGAUUCCGUUCUGCAGAAUUCUGUAGAAUCACCCAAAGAUCUUAACGAGUUACCCCUUGAAGAUGAAGAGUUCAGAACGUGUGAUGAAGAGUUUUCUGAUGAAAAAGUAGCAGAGGAGGGGAAGCAAAAUGAAGAGGGGACAGAAGUCGCAGAUGCUUUGUCAAGGCAAGCAGAUGAAGAAACACUGCUGUCUAAGUUUGUGGACAGGUCGAGUGCUGAUGAAACAUUGCUUCACAUGAAUGAUGAUCCCGUUCUGAAGAAUAGCUUACUUCCACCGACUGUCAGAAAAUCAAAUGGUAUAAAAACGGAUGAACAGAAACAGAGGAGGAGGGAGAAGAAGAAAGGGCAGAGGGCAAGGAAGAAGGAAAGAGAUAAGCUUGCCAAGCAAUCCACUGGAGGGUUGGAGGAAUCAAGAGGGCAGCGAAUCAAUGAAGGGUCGGAGGCAUCAGAAAGGCUAAACACCAAUGAUGGGUUGGAGGAAUCAGAAGGGGAGGAAAGCAAUGAAGGGGAUCAAUCAGUCAUCUCUUGGCUGUUAGAAUUGUGUGUGAGCCUGUGGCAACACUGGUUCAGGCUGGAGGAGAAGCCAGAUGUGAUGCAGCAACAGAGAGCAAACGAAGAAAAGCAGACUGGUCUGCCAUAAGAGCACGGAAGGAAACUAAAGAGAAAGAGAAGAAGUGCUAGAGAGAAUGGAAGAAAAAAGACAACUGAUGCUGAAAUUAGCCUGAAUCCACUGCAGUGCACGAAGCAAACCAAGGUAAAACCCAUCCCUAUGCCUCUUUGGAAAUGCAGAAAGAGAAUGAUGCAGUCUUUGAGGUGGGUGCUUGUUACAUUCUGGUUAUCGUUGUCUUGUCGACAUAUGCAUCAAAGGUAAUUUUCCAGAUAUCAUUGGGAAAUUUCCAUACUAUAGUAGACUGUUCAUUGUAUGAGUUUUUAUGUAUGCUGCAGUGAUUUACUGAUUUACAAAGCCUCCCUUACCAGCUGGUUCAAGUAGAAUUUCAUUGAAUUCUUGUGCAUUUUAGGUUGCCGUUAUAUUUUAGCAUGCGACUUUAGUGUUGUCUAUAGCAGUUAGGGUAUCAUGGUAUUGAGUUCAUCAUUAAAAUUUGACCCCAUAUCCUUAUGUUUUCUCUGCGCGGGUGUUAAUUCCUAUUGCAAAGUAGAAACAGCUAUGAUAUACGUGAAGUUCACUAGCUUCUCAAGAUUCUGCUUUGCAUUUAGGGGUGUUUAAGAACUUGCAACCAAAAGGUUUUCACUUCACAGUCCUGAUGUUCAUGUAUAGUGCAGUAGUCUUAAUUAUGGGUUGAGGUCUAUAGUUACUAGGAGAGCUUAAACUAGUGUCGUUUUUGCUACUUCUAUUAUGAGACUGGUUAUAUCCAACACUUUUGCUUCACUAAGCUAUAUUCAACUUUUACUUUCAACACAUUGUGGCUUAAUUUCCACGUAACCAGAGUCCAAGUAUUAUGUUAGACUUAGUUUAUUGUUCACUUUCAUGUAUGCCAUAUCGCCUUCAUGUGACUUCUGGUUGAGGAUUGAGUUGCCUUGUUUCUCUGAACAAUUUGAGGUAUAUACCAUACGUAUAUUGGUUUGGUUGUUUAAACUUCAUCCCCCAGAUAUCACUAUUACUACUGAAUUAAGCAAUGUUGCAAGUUGAUAUUUCAGUCUGCAAGUUUAUAUUUAAACAAUGUUUAAGCUUGGUUUUCCUAUUCAAGUGAUGCCAGGGGCAUGACAGCUUUGUAAUUAAGGAUUUACAACCAGGCCAGGUUUGUUUUACUCAACCUUAUUUUGUUUUCUUUCUAAUAAGCUACUUGUCUGUUGAUAAAUUGAAAGAGCCACCGUGGGCAAGGUGGAGAUAUGGCGAAGCACCAGAUGAAGCUUCCUAUCGAGAUUCAUAUGUGAGAAUAUCAUUGUUUUGGUGUAAGAGAUCCAGCAAUUUAUCAUUGUCUUGUGUGGUGUUGCUAAUGGUAAUAAAAUCUCUAUCGAUGUUUUUGUUGAAUGAAAGAACAUUAUCCAGAAGACCGUUUAUGGGAGUCUAAUCGUGAG